GCGGCGGCGCCGGGCGGGGCGGCAGCGGGGCGCGCGCGGGGGCCCAGCGCCCUCAGGUACAUCUGCCGCACCUAACGGGCGACCCCCGAGUCCCGGCCCCUUUUUUGCCGCCCCGUAGCCCUCCCACCCGACCAGGCGGAGGAGGUGCGGACGCGCUGAUUGGCUCCGGAGGAAGCGGGAGGCGAGAACAAUGGCCCCCUCCCCCCGUUAAAAGGGAGCGGCUCCCGGGCCCGGGGACAGGGACGCGCGUGCAGGGCGCAGAGCCGGGCCGAGCCGCCGCCGGCGCCACGCGAGUCCCGUAGCCGCCGCUCCCGGGCCAUGGGCCGGGGGCACUGAGGGCCGCCCGGGCCGAGCGCGGAGGUGGGACCGAGCCAGUGCCUUGCCCUCGCGCUGCGCCAACAUGCCCCGCGGCUUCCUGGUGAAGCGCAGCAAGAAGUCCACGCCCGUGUCCUACCGGGUCCGCAGCGGCGAGGACGGCGACCGCGCGCUGCUGCUCUCGCCUGGCUGCGGGGGCGCCCGCGCGUCGCCCCCAGCGCAGAGCCCGGGGCCGGGACCGCUGCUCUUCGAGGACGAGGUGACCACGUCGCCUGUGCUAGGGCUCAAGAUCAAAGAGGGCCCGGUGGAGGCGCCGCGGGGCCGGGCGGGGGGCGCGGCGCGGCCGUUAGGCGAGUUCAUCUGCCAGCUUUGCAAGGAGGAGUACGCCGACCCGUUCGCGCUGGCGCAGCACAAGUGCUCGCGCAUCGUGCGCGUGGAGUACCGCUGCCCCGAGUGCGCCAAGGUGUUCAGCUGCCCCGCCAACCUGGCCUCGCACCGCCGCUGGCACAAACCGCGGCCUGCGCCCGCCGCCGCCCGCGCGUCCGAGCCUGAAACCGCUGCCAGGGCUGAGGCGCGGGAGGCGACAGGCGGCGGCAGCGACCGCGACACUCCGAGCCCCGGCGGCGUGUCCGAGUCGGGCUCCGAGGACGGGCUCUACGAGUGCCACCACUGCGCCAAGAAGUUCCGCCGCCAGGCCUAUCUGCGCAAACACCUGCUGGCGCACCACCAGGCGUUGCAGGCCAAGGGCGCGCCGCCCGCGCCUCCGGCCGAGGACCUACUGGCCUUGUACCCUGGGCCCGACGAGAAGGCGCCCCAGGAGGCGGCCGGCGACGGCGAGGCGGCCGGAGUGCUGGGCCUGAGUGCGUCCUCCGAGUGCCACCUGUGCCCAGUGUGCGGGGAGACGUUCCCCAGCAAGGGCGCCCAGGAGCGCCACCUGCGCCUGCUGCACGCCGCCCAGGUGUUCCCCUGCAAGUACUGCCCGGCCACCUUCUACAGCUCGCCUGGUCUCACGCGGCACAUCAACAAGUGCCACCCGUCCGAGAACCGACAGGUGAUCCUCCUGCAGGUGCCCGUGCGUCCGGCCUGCUAGAGCGCGCCCUCCAUCGCGGCCCCCCCGAACUGUGCCUUCUCUUGGAGACCCACGAGGAGAGCGCGCCCUGCGCGCCCUGAACCCGCGUCCGCUCCGGGGGCGCCCACCCCCGGUGAAAGUGUUGUCUCCGCUUCUCUCGGUGUGGCGUGACGGUAACCCCAAUCCUCUCGUUGUGACUCCUUUCGGACCCCCCCCCCCCUUGCGUUGUGUCCCCUUCCCCUCCUUGGCGCAACAGGAGCCAAUCUCUUUCUGUACAAGAGAGAAAAGCUGUAAGCGUUUGUCUCGUGGUUGGAAGCUUCCCCUUGGAGGGGAGAGCUGUUUUUCUUGCUAGUAUUCGCUGUGUUCAUGGUCUAGAAAUGCGGUUUGCUCUCGCCUACCAAUCUCUGCUCUCUAUGUAUGUAGCGUACGGGUUGUUUUGGGUGAAUCUUGAGGAAUAAAUGCCUUUAUAUUUCACAGGCUGUAAAUUGAACUUCCCACACGAUUAGCUUUAUUAUGGCUUGUGAACUGCUGGAGUCUGGCUUUACCUUUUUGUAUGUGAACAAAUCAAAUUGCUUAAAAAAGAGUUUUCUUUAGUAUAGCCACAAAUGCCUUGAACUGUUGUCUGGGAUUGUUUUGGGGGAGGGAAGGGAAUUUUCAGAAAAUGCUGUAGAAACUGCCUCAAUACUUCACAUAAGACUCUUUGGUUUUAUCAUCUUUGUUGAGGUAGGACUAUAUAAGUUCUCUCUAAAUGUAUAUGUUGAUUUAUGAGUAAUUGUUAUUUAUUCUUUAUUUAUUUAUAUUAAUUAUGAAGAUUAUGCUAUUAUUUGAUUGCAGAUCUUUUUUUUUUUUUUUGGUACGCUUUUCCCCCUCCCUUGCCACUCUUGACAUUUCACUGUGCAUUUUAGAAGAGAGCCUUUUUCUAAAGGGAUCUGUUAAAAGUUUUAACUUUUAUACCUAUCUGAGCGAAUUACAGACAACCUACCAUUUUAUUCUGCUUGGAGGGCCCGUGAGGCCCCUGUACAACCAACAGCUCUUACUUUUAAAUGCAAUCUCUUUUCUACAUACAUUAUUUUCUUAAUUGUUAGCUAUUUAUAGAAAGCUUCAAUAGAACUGUUUCAACUGUAUAACUAUUUACUAUUCAAAUAAAAAUAUUUUCAAAGUCAAA